UUAUGUUCAUGUAUUAUUGAGUCCAGUAGGCGGCAGUAAGACGCUGCAGAGCCUUCAAUUCAAAACAUCGGAAGAAGAAAGUUCGGAGGUCAUCGCUGCAUCGCCGCUAGUGUGUGGCUAGCAGUCUGCGGUUGUUCUUUUACAAUGGCCAAACAUCAUCCAGAUUUGAUUUUUUGCAGGAAACAGGCUGGCGUUGCCAUUGGAAGACUAUGUGAAAAAUGUGAUGGCAAAUGCGUUAUAUGUGACUCUUACGUCAGGCCUUGUACACUGGUUCGUAUUUGUGAUGAAUGCAACUAUGGGUCUUACCAAGGACGCUGUGUCAUUUGUGGAGGUCCUGGAGUAUCUGAUGCCUACUACUGCAAAGAGUGCACCAUCCAGGAGAAGGACAGGGAUGGCUGCCCCAAGAUCGUGAACCUCGGCAGCUCGAAGACCGACCUUUUCUAUGAGAGAAAAAAAUACGGCUUCAAGAAGAGGUGAAGAAGCGGAGGGAUUUUCUUUGUCACAGUCAUUUUUACCAUUUUGUUAUCGGACAUGUUACAAUAAAAUUGUUUUAAUGUUG